UGGUGGAUCAUAUGAUACUGACACAAAUGAAACUGAAAUAUCAAUGCCUAUUGUGCCAAGUUUAAUUUCUGAAUGGCUCAUAGGGACAUCUUGUGUGCAGACAGAAGAGAAAGAAAGAAUAAUGAAUUUUGUCUUCAAGAAAGAUGCUAAAUCCGCUCUGAUUGGAAGACUGUUAAUGAGAAAAGUGAUCAGUGACUUCACAAAGAUUCGAUAUAAUGAAGUGAUAUUGAAAAGAACCGACAAGGGAAAGCCUUUCCUGGCUAAUGAUGCUACUGAACUAUCACUGAGAAGGUUCAACUUCAACAUAUCACAUCAGGGAGACUUCACUGUGUUAGCUGCAGAGCCUGAAUUGCAAGUUGGUGUUGAUGUCAUGAAAACAACAUACCCAAUUUCAUCUACUGUGCCUGGAUUUUUUCACACCAUGCGUAAGCAGUUUACUGGAAAUGAAUGGGAAGCCAUCAAAUCUCAGCCUUCUGAAUGGAAUCAACUACAGAUGUUUUACAGACACUGGUGUCUAAAGGAAAGCUACGUAAAAGCUACUGGGACUGGCAUAGGACGUGAUUUACAGUCUGUUGAGUUCCAGAUAAAUACCAAAGAGCUGUCUCCCCAGAACGUGACAUCUGAUACAAAAUUUUUUCUCGAAGAGGACGAGAUGGACGAAUGGCUGUUUGAAGAAACCAAACUCGACGACUUGCACCAAGUGGCAGUCGCUUUAGGUCCUUCACAUGUAAAAACAAAGGAAACAAGCAGGAUGGGUCGUUCCUCGUUCACGAUACUGCAGUUUGCUGAUCUCGUGUCCUCAGCUAUUCCUUUGUUUUCAGAAGAUGAGUCAGAUUGGAUCAAGUUUCAGGCAAAGAAAGAAAAGUCUUAGCAUUGGACUGACUAAAAAAAAUUGAUUGUGAACAGUAAUAGUAUAAAUGCAUUCCUGUACCGCUGAAAUCGAUUGAAUCUUCAUAGCACUUUGCAAGACUAUCUAUAGCAAAUGUAAGUUGAGAGAAUUUAAAACAAUGAAUUGUCAAUACAUUUAUAGAGAUAUGUGUAUUUAUAGGAGACCAAAAAAUGUUUUUUUGCAAUGGACAAAGACUGGUAUACUUCUUUAGAUUUACCUAUGACUGGCAUAGGACUAAAAAUCCAAUAUAAGUUGUCUAAAUGGAUCUAAACCUUAACAUUAUCAUGAA